GACAGGCAGUCAGAGGCACGGCCUUACAGUGCGUUCAAAUUUUGCUGUAUAUAAUGGAAAUGGACUCAUUUGGACAUGCUCAAAACCUGGCUCCCGCCCCUAAGAUACCCGGCAGUGUGCGGCUGUGCGGGCGCUACAUGCGAACGUUGCCCUGGAUCUGCGUGCCCCUGAUCGUCAUCGGCAUCUCUAUCUUCAUACUGUGCCACCACUACUCCAGCCUGGUGCCGGACGGCGGAGUUCUGGCAUCUCUGCAGACAGCGGGGCCUCUCAUUCUCGCCCUCACCGUGCUGCUGCUGGCGCUGGGUAUCGCGGGCAGCUGCCACAUCGGCACCUACCUCUCCGCCCGCCGCGAAGCGUCCGUCGACGGGCUCACCGCGCUGGCCGGAGACAAAGGUGGCGCGGCAGCUGGCGCGGGUCACGAGCACGGCGCACCGCUGGUCGGCUCGGCCGGAGACAAAAAUGGCGCGGCAGCUGGCGCGGGUCACGAGCACGGCGCAUCGCUGGUCGGCUCCGACUGACCGCCGACGAAAGGUGCUGUUACAGUACAACUUGCGUGGUGGAGCUACGAAACACACGAUGAGUUCUGUUUAGAAAGUGGGCUAAACUCAAACUCACCCAUGCAAUUGAGACGGAAUUAAUUUCGUGACGAGCGCGCUUAUGAAAUUCUAAGCCGUUGCGUCUCCUGGCUCGUCAAGUUUGACUGCAGUUGGUCUUGGGCAUUAGAGGGACAUCAUAAACAUGAGCGGAGGCGAGGAAAGAUGAAGACCGGGUUUCCCCCAGAGCCGGGAGAUCUUUGCACCUUUUUUUCCGGUUCGGGUGAAUUUCUGGUGGCCUUAACCAAACACAGAAGGGGAAUUUAGAUACUCAGGCCGCAAGCGCAAGAGUCUCCCUAAUUGACACAAAGUUACGUCCUUGCUCUGAGGCCUUUUUCCUUGCGGGAUUCAUCUCUAGCAUGAUAUCAUCAGCUAACACUGCUGGUCUGGUCAGAAACGUCCCACAGCAAACACGACCGGCAGGUAGAUGUGCGUCAUCCUACUUGGUUAUCACCAUGGCCAUGUGCAACAUCAUGUGAUGGGGCUAUUUUUGUGGAAGAAUUGCUUUUUUGGCAUUUCUAACAACAAAAAGCAUUGGGCGUAUGAAACAAAGCCCUUGGCAAACUUUUACUGUCAGAUUCCACAUUUGCGACCAUAACAUUUAGCUGGUGCGGUACUUGACUGAAGAUGAGUAAGGUAUCGGAGGAGAAAGCAGCAGCUCUUUUAAGUGGAAAUAUCUUAACGGCGUUGAAAUAGGUGUCAAACGAAGGCUACGACGUAUAUGACUACACGGUGCAUACACAUAUGCGAUGUGCGAUCAUUUAACCUCGCCUUGAUCCCAUGUGACCUCACUUUGAUCUUUCUGUCAUCUGUUUGACCUUGAGAAAUGCAUA